CGCCCAACUGGGCGAGCCUAUAUAGCCGUGCACCAUAAGCGCAUCGCACGCAUUUGCGUCUGAUCGUUAUAAUGUGCAUCGACAAAUCUGCUGCAACAACGUGGAACAGCUUAAGACCCUACAUUAGCCUGGGCCUCCUACUGCUGCUGCCCACGCUGAACGAUGCCGUUAAUAUGGAACAGUUUUUGCAAUCACUGGAUAUGAUGCGCAAUGGCUGCACACCCAAAUUCCCAAAGGUGACGCUGGAGACAUUAAAUCGCAUACGCGUCGGUGAUUUCGAUUUGGAGCCCACACAAGAUCUGAUGUGUUACACAAAAUGUGUGGCCCAACUGGCUGGCACUUUAACUAAAAAAGGAGAAUUUAGUGUGCCAAAAGCCUUUGCACAGAUGCCCAUAAUUCUACCACCUGAGCUGCUCGAGCCGGGGAAAAAAGCACUAACUAACUGCAAGGAUGCACAAAAAGCUUACAAAGACACAUGCGCCAAGGUAUACUACACAAGCAAAUGUUUGGCUGACUUUGACCGUGCCCAUUUUAGUUUUCCAUAACCAAAUAGCCUGGAAGGUACUAAAAUGUUGAAACACUUGAAGUUGUACUUACUCGGUCGCUUCUCCUUGCCCUGAAAAAAAUUGCAUAUUGUUUGUAAAUAGAUUUAACGCAUUAAUAAAUAAAUAGCCAACCAACCUGUUGCGAUUUCUGGGAUUCGA